ACGUUGUUUUCAGGUUUUCCAAAACAAAUUCUCAUAAAGUGCCCGUUUUGCUAUAACUGAACAAACCCUGGGUUUUACCACUUGAUUCCAUCAAAUUGAUAGAUAGCGAUGCAGAAACCCUUAUUCCACCAAUAAUAAUCAUGUACACACACAUUCUUCCAUCAUUUGAGCCCCUAACGGUUUCCGUUUGAGUCCGAUUGAUUCGUUUCCCAAAUGGAUUCCGUUAACGAGCUGGAGCAACAGCUUAAAGAAGCCGGAGAAAACCUUGCACUUCCCCCUUCUUCCUUCAAUCACCUUCUAGACCUCCUUGAUAAAACCAAGCAAUUGUUGACGCGUGUGGGUCAAGCACCGUCCGUCUCGAUGCAAAGAGCACUUGUGCCUCCAAUGGGAGCCCUAAUUGCUGAUGAACUGAUAAAGCAUUCAGAUAUAGAUGUUAGAAUAUCAGUGGCGGCGUGUCUUUGUGAAGUAGCUAGAAUAACUGCACCGGAACAGUCUUAUAAGGAUGAAGUUAUGAAGGAAAUCUUCCGGUUAAAUGUGAUGGCGUUUGAGCAGUUGGGAGACGUGACCGGUCGAAGUUAUUAUAAAGUUAUUCAUAUUCUUCAGUCUGUUGCUAAAGUUAAGUCAUGCUUGUUGAUGCUGGAUUUGGAGUGUGAUGCAUUGGUACUUGAAAUGUUUGAGCAGUUUUUAACUAAAAUUAGGAUAUCUCACCCUCACACAGUAUUCUCAGACGUUGAAACUAUCAUGACGUUGAUCAUUGAAGAAAGUGACGAAGUUGCCACCAAGCUUUUAUCCCUUCUAAUUUCUCAUGUUAAACAAGAAAAUCAGUUUGUUUCCCCUGCUUCUUGGAAAUUAGCAGAAAAGGUCUUGAGAAACUGUAAGGAUACGCUUAAACCCUAUCAUGAAACAAUAAGGAAACUCGUAAAAUCAAAAUUUGAUGAUUAUGCUGAAGUGGUCGCUCUCUUAUGCCAAUUUGCCUAUGAAAGUGAACACGUGGUAACCAGAUCAACCCUAAGAACCAACAGUACUCACAAGAGGGAUACUAUUACUUUAGACAAUGGUAGAUCCAUGAAGAAGCAAAAGUAUAUCGAUAAAACUCAGUUUAAGGGAAAAGAACUAGACACUCCCAAACGGGGCCGACCAAAGAAAAAUAAGAACAAUAUAAAUCUGGAUAUCUCACGUGAAGAUACAAGAAGAACUAGAUUUCAGGACAAAAGGCAGUCGAGUAACACCAAGGGCAAUAUCAAGAAUUCCGGUUCUUCUGAUAAGGGUUCUGGUGGCAAGGAUAUUCCAAAGAAAUGGGGUGAAGAUUUGGUGGGCCAUAGGAUAAAAGUUUGGUGGCCGUUAGAUGAAAUGUAUUACAAAGGUGUUGUUUUUUCUUAUGAUCCUAGAGAUGACAAGCACAGGGUAUUAUAUGCAGAUGGGGAUGAAGAAGUGCUGGAUCUACAUAAUGAAAAGUGGAAGAUGCUUGAUGAAAUUUCACCUGAUCAACUACACGGAAAGGUUACGAGAAACCCAGAAUCGUCACCAACUCAAGAAGAUAACUCCAAUUCACCAAAAAGCCCACCGCCUUCUGACGCUAAUCAGAAGGAUAAUCUCGUUCUAGCACUUGCCGUUUCGGACGGGCUUACAUCAACCGAACAGACAAUUGAUAAUGUGGAGAAAAAUGGCGAGUCUGACCCGAGUGGAGAAUUGCCAGAAAAGAGUUUGCUUGAAAUGAGUGAGACAACACAGAGACUGGAAAAACCGACAAUAUAGCUUGCGAAACUUGAGGUUAAAAACUAAAACCUGCUAAAAGAUAUAGAUGAAAGAUUUUUUUUUUUAACAAUUAUCUAGAGUUUGACUCGUUCUUGUUUGGAGACCCAUAAUUCGAUCUUUAGCUGUCACAUAUGUAGUUUUGAUUUUUAUUUUGAUGAUAGAUGUUUUAAGACACUGAAUUUUUAAGAAGAGUAUUUAACCAUCAGCAUUUGAAUUUA